AUUUAUGCAAGAGUGGUGUACAAUCGAGUCCGACCCUGGAGUUUUCACUGAGCUCAUCAACGCAAUCGGAGUCCAAGGAGUUCAAGUAGAAGAGAUCUACGACCUAAAUGACGAACAAUAGAUAGCCUAAAUGCAACCAAUUUAUGGAUUCAUCUUCCUAUUCCGAUGGACAAGCAAAGGCGAAAAAAGAGAAUCUCUCAAAAUUUAUGAUCAAGAUCUCUUCUUUGCCAACUAAGUCAUUUAAAAUGCAUGUGCAACCCAAGCCAUCAUUUCUAUUUUACUCAAUUGCCCAUAAAUUGAAAUUGGAGAAGCACUCAAAAAUUAUAAAGUAAUACACUGUUCAUCAUCCAGGAAUUUGCCCUUGCUCUAGAUCCUAAAGAAAGAGGCAACUGCCUAGGUGCAGUCGAUAUCAUUAAGACGGCUCACAACAGCUUUGCUCGACCAGAACCCUUCAUCUUCUCUAACGAUAAGAAAAAAGCUAAGGUAAGUCUCCCCCCUCUUUAUUCUAGGAAGGCGAUGAUGUAUUUCACUUUGUCUCUUAUAUCCCCUUCAAAGGAAAAGUGUAUGAAUUAGAUGGUCUCCAAGAUGGACCCAUCUUGAUAGGCGAAUAUCAAGAUGAUUGGAUAGUCAGAGCAAAGGAAGCUAUCUUAACCAGGAUCCAACACUACUAAGAAAAGGAAACUGCUUUCACUUUGUUGGCUGUCAAUUAAUGUAGAAAAUUCAAAGUAUUGCCAAUAAUCUAUUUAGGCAAAUAACAUAAUUUUAUAGUCUUAAAAUGAAAUAUUCUAGAGUCUCAAAACCUUGGAAUUCAUCGGAGUCGAUUUAACUGAAGAUUAGAAAUAACAAUUACUUCAACUUUCAACUUAAUAAGUAAAUUGUAAUACUAUUAUACAUCCAAGAAUAUUGAAUAAGAAUUACUGCAAGAAUCCUCAGAAGAAUUAUAAAAUAGAUUAACUCUUGCCAACAAUAGAAUUUAAGAGGCCCAAAUCAUACUAAGUGAAGAGAAUGCAAAGUUUUAAAAAUAUAAAGUACUUCUACCAAAGUUAUCACUCUUAGGAAGAAAAUUCCAGAAGAAAGCACAACUACAUUCCAUUCAUUUUAGAACUUUUUAAGAUGGCUCAAAGAAAAGGCUAACUAGAAGGACUAUUGGAGAAGGCGUAACAAAAGCAAUAAUAAAAGUUGUAACAGUAAACAAAAAAAUGAUAUUCAAAUUUUAUAAUAUGAAC